ACUAGGGAGUUGUGCUUUCACAAGUUGUAGGUAGGUGGGUCAUGCUGCCAGCCUAUGCUUCGUUCCUGGGUUUUGCCUUCUGCAGCCUGGCAUUUUUUGCCUUUGCCUUUGCAUGUAAUCCGCCCUUGCAUGAACCUGUCCACCUCCCACCCUCUCUCUCUCUCUAUAAAUACAAUUGUCAUCUUCAUUUUUGUAUCACACAGUAUAUCAUCAACUAUUCACUUGAUCACAGCAGAAUUAAUUGUCUUCUUUCUUUUGAAAGAUUCUCUCAGAAAAUGGCCAUCUCCAAGGCUCUUGUUGCUUCAAUUGUCCUCUCUCUACUGGUUCUUGACCUUGUCCAGGCACUGCAAACCAAUCAAGUGACCGGCAACCCUGCAGUCCAUGUCACAGCUUUCACUAGUCCUGCCAAGCCCCUGGAUUGCGGGGCAGCUUGUGCUGCUAGGUGCAGCUUGUCAAAGAGGCCGAGGCUGUGCAAGAGGGCUUGUGGGACGUGCUGUGCAAGGUGCCAGUGUGUUCCUCCUGGCACCUCAGGCAACUCAGAUUCUUGCCCUUGCUAUGCCACCAUGACCACUCACGACAACAAACGCAAAUGCCCUUGAAAAGACUCCAACAACACUCUUCCUCCUCGUUUAUAUUUUUCUUAAUUUUGUGGGUUAAUAAGAACUUGUGAAAAACUAUCAAGGUUUUUCCUGUUGUUGAGGUGCUUGAAUGUAACUGCUUGUAAAGGAAGGUCUGUGUUGUAUCUUUUCAAGAAAAAAAUGCAAUUGUUGUUGUGCGAGGGAA